ACGCCUCUCUACCACAGAACUACAGAAAUUUAUAAAAGACUGAUAACGUAACUCUGUCUAAAUUAUUGUACUUCUUAACAAUUUUUAUAUUAAAAUACAUCCAGAGAUCCAAGGAGUCAUUCAAUGAAGACUAUCACUUGGUAUAGCAUAAGAAUUUAUUGAGUGAUACUUGAGGCUGAUCCUGGGAUUAAUUGGAGUUUUACAUAAAGUGCUCUUCUUUUAAUCAUUACCAAAAUUCUUGCGCGAAUCUUAGCUAGCCAAAGAUAACGUUGUAUUCCACAUCAGAUUUUUAAUACAUGUAUUUAUCGCAUAUACGUGUAGAGCUAUAUGUCUUGUAGAUGACACUUUCAAGUGGCUAUUUGGCACUUACGAGUCUUUCAUGAAUUUCAGAAAUGAGGAAUCGCUGUUCUCAUCCUAAGUAAGAGAGUAACCACUGGAACUUAACAAGAAAUAAAGUGGAUACAGCUACCCACAUAUCAUUAAAAAACUUUUAAUAUUUGAUAGCAAUUGAACGAUAUAGAUAAAAGCGUGUUUGCUCUUUACAUGCCUUAUCGCUUUAUUUCUGUCUACUUAUACAGCAUUUCCAAAUGUUUAAUCUUCUCUCCCGUGAUCAGUGAUUUUACAAAACCAACAGCGUGAUAUCGAAACAAUAGGAUAAAAGCGAAAAAGUUAAUAAAUUAUGCAGGUAGAUGUGAUUAUGUAUCAAUUGCUAGUGUUUGAUGCCACAGCUCCCCUGGCACUGAGAUACAAGAUAUAAAAAAAAGUUUUCGUUAUGAGAAUAGAAACUCCACGAAGACGAUACUGAGUGAAUUAUCGGCUGAGUUUUCCAGCACAUGGCUAUUUCCUGCAACGUUCUUUCAUUCAAAGGUUUGGCUUCCAUUGCAACGUAACAGAAUAUAGAUGGAGUAUUUUUCAUAGUAUGGGUUAUAGCGUUUUGGGUGGAAAGUGGUCCCAGUGUCAGUCUAGUUAUUAGUGUAAUUAAUGUGAACAGUGCAUCCUUUACCUUUGAUCACUGACGUUGUUACAAGCGAUGAUCCAUAAUGCGCACGGUCUCCAAUGCUGCAGAAGUUUCCAAUGAAAGAGCGUAAUAAAUUCAUUGGAAAUUGGAUUUUUCAAUUGGCAGUAUUUCUAAUGUCAUUAGCGAUAUCUGCUUUUUAGCGUUGAAAUAUGAGCAGAAGUUGUCAGUUGAGGUACAAACACAUUCAGAGAAGGACAUAAAAUUUUAAAACACUCGUUGUCUGUUGAUUGAAAUUUCAGACAUCUACAACCAACCUGAUACCUAAAUUAGACGGUGCCAAUCAAGAAUCCGUUUAUUGGAGACUUCCCAAAGAGAGGCAAAUUAGAGUGAGAGAACAACUGCCGAGGAAGGGCGAUAAUUCCCAGUUUUUAUGACCUGGGUUUUAGACCCUUGUGACAGAGCCUGUGUUAAACUGAUUGAAUUUCUAACCUAGCUGUGUUUGGGGAUAAAAUACUAAUUUGCAAAUCCUCAACACAGUAUCGCAUCGUAUUGAUGUUCUGUAACUCAGCCUACGACAGGAAGUGCGAGUUCGUUGUUGUGUUUCAAGAACUGGACUAUUUCGACUAUGUUCAUUGACUGAAAUUAAAGACAUUUACAAGGUGAACUCUAUGAUAUCAAACAUUGGACAGGAUGAAUUUUCGUAGAUGUCUCCGAAAAUGUUUGAAUUUUGUUUUGUGUACAAUUCAUUCCAAGGAUUUAGAGUGGAUUUUUCUGAUUUCCUUCCUUGUCUCCAUUCCAGGUAUGUCUUUGUGUCAGCAUCACCAAUCGACAGAAUUCAUGGACAUCCAGUUCAAUUUCACCUACACCGCAGGCGAUCUGGCGACAUUGUACUGUAGGAUAAAAGACUUGGGCACCAAAGUGGUAGUAUGGCGGAGAACCUCGCAGCCACAUCCCAUUUCCGUUGGACUGGACAUUUAUGUUCCAGACGACAGAUAUCACGUGCAACAUAUUCCAUAUCGAGGCAGCUGGAAUUUGAUGAUAAAGAACGUGAAUUUGAAUGACGCGGGUGUGUAUGAAUGCCAAAUAAGUGCCAAAGAAAGAGCGGGCUCCCGGCGACUUGUUCUCCUAAACGUCCUUGAGCCACCAUCGACAACGACUCAGAAAACGAUAUCACCGCCAGACAUAUACAUUACGACUAGCUCCAACUUUGUUGAAGUCGGUCGUACAAUUACGGUGAUAUGCAAUGCCACAGCCAUAGAUUUCCCAACGGGAGACAUUGACUGGUUCAUAGAUGGUCAUAAAGUCAGAGAAAAUUCGCGGACUACAAUUACAAAAUAUUCCUCAUUUGUAGAAAAAGUGAUAAUUAGUAAACUGACUAUUACGCACGCGCAACUAGAGGAUGCCGGGACUUAUGUUUGUCGGACUUCCGAGUCCCAGAUCACCAACACAAAAAUUCAUGUUCUCAGUGCAAGGUCUAUAAAUGCCAAGCGAGGAACAGAUAGUGAAGAACGAUUUGCCAAGAGAUCAUCUGGAUCAUCACCGUUUACGUCACUUCCGGGACUUUUGUACCUGUUACCCUUUGUUGUUAUCCACUAUAAUUGCUGUCGGACAUAGUCGUUACUUGUUUUCAAUGAAUUGAUUUUUCUAUGCAUUACAUUGUUAUUAAAUAUAUUUUUAUAAACUG